AUGGGCAAAUCCACGAAAGAUCAGCGUGAUCACUAUUAUCGGCAGGGCAAGCAGGAAGGCUACCGCGCGCGAUCGGCGUUUAAGCUUCUGCAUCUCGACGAGCAGUAUGGCCUAUUUGGGCGGCCAGGCCAUUCCAUGGGCGCUCAGAUCGUAGGACAAACGCCCGGCGAGGCAUUGCCGGACAACGCCUUGGCGCUUCUUCAAUCUACGCUGGGUGAGUCGCUGGGCGAGGCGGUGUUGGCAUCUAUGCCCACGACUGUGAGCCCACCGGGGCACGUUAUCGAUCUAUGUGCUGCGCCAGGCUCCUGGAGCCAAGUCCUAAGUCGUACAUUGGCCCCGUCAGGUGCGUGCAUCGUCGCUGUGGAUUUGCAGAAUAUGGCACCCAUUGACGGUGUCGUUCAAGUGGUGGGCGAUAUCACGACGGAAGUUACAGCAAAGGCCGUGGAAGAGGCAUUCCAACAGGCACAAACAAGCUCGACCAAGCAAAGGGCCGAUCUGAUCAUUUGUGAUGGCGCGCCGGAUGUGACAGGUAUUCUGCCUGUCGACGACUUUGUGCAUGCCCAGCUUAUGAUGUCGGCCGUGACGAUGGUCGUACGAAUGCUUCGGCCUGGCGGCACUUUUGUCGCGAAAGUGUUUGCGGAGCCUCAUACCCCCUCUACACGAAUGCUCCUAGCACAGCUUCGUCGGCUGUUUGCCCACGUUGAGCUGGCCAAGCCGCCAAGCAGCCGCGCAUCGACCCACAGAUUCACCUAG